UGAAGUCAUCAAGAUAUAUUGAGUCUCCAAUUUCCUGGCGUCUCUGCGGUGACUUUAGAGUCUUACUAUAUCGUGAUUUUUCUCCUACAAUUUAUCGUUCCAUAAAAGCAAACGAAACGCACCCACUUUUUCAAGGAAAUCCAGCAACUUUACUGGAGAUUUUCUCUUUUAUUGUUUUUCCCCGAAAAAUCUGUAAUGGGAAAUUGUGGAUUGUUUGAUCUAGAGAAGCAUUUUGCCUUCUAUGGUGCAUACCAUAGUAAUCCGAUCAACAUAGCGAUUCACAUGAUAUUUGUUUGGCCAAUCUUUUUCACUGCUCUUCUUAUUCUUUACUUUACCCCUUCUCUGUUUAACCUCAAGUUCUCUCUGUUUGGUAACGAUGUUUUUCUGCUUUUCAAUUUUGGUUUCUUGUUUACUUUGAUCUAUGCUUUGUUUUAUAUCUGUCUGGAUGCGAAAGCUGGUUCCUUGGCUGCUCUGCUUUGUGCUUUUUGUUGGGUGGCUAGUAGUUUUGUGGCUAGCUGGCUUGGGUUUUCUCUUGCUUGGAAGGUUGUUCUGGUGGCUCAAAUUGUUUGUUGGGCUGGACAGUUCAUUGGCCAUGGUGUCUUUGAGAAACGAGCACCAGCACUUUUGGACAAUCUCAUUCAAGCCCUGAUAAUGGCUCCCUUCUUUGUGCUACUGGAGGCUCUUCAAGAAUUCUUUGGUUACGAACCAUAUCCAGGGUUUCAUGAAAAUGUUCAAGCAAUGAUUAAAGCUGAAAUGAAUGAGUGGCAAGAGAAGAAGCAGAAGUUGCUCAAGUAAUUUAAACUGUGGUCUGUGUGCAAUUUACAUUAUUGAGCGCAUGCUCCUGAUAUGAACAUGGAUUAACAAGAAAAUCAUGGCCUCUAGUAUCCUUAUGAAAGCCUGGACGCUCUAAGCUUCAAGCCAUGUGCCAUUGAUAGAAUUGUCAUCAUCCUGUAUUGCACUGGAUGAUUAGGGACCAAGUCAAAUUUGAAAAAUCUACAGAGUAUGGCCAGUGUCAUCUUCAUCUGGAGAUAUGCAGAGUCCUUACCAAGGCAUAUUCUUGGUCCAGCCUAAACAUUAAAAUAAGGACUAUGAGCACUCACUUUUCUCUUCGUAGUAUCUUUUUUUUGAAAGGGUUAAAUCUCUUAUAGCUUACCUGAAAUGCAGUGAACUUGAAUGGAGAUGCAUUCUGGAAGAAACCAUCUUUGAGCCAUCUCUCAGGCUUGAAUGAAGCGGCAUCAGAUCCCCAGUUGUACUCCAUCCUGCCCAUUGAAUAGGGAACAUAAGUCACCAUCCCUCCUGCUUUGACUUUGGUUCCAUCAGGCAAGAUAUCAUCCUCCAGAAUCCCCUUGGGGUCCUACAAUCAUUGAAUAUUAUCUCACGUACCAACUACAUUUCACAUCAACAUUAUCCCUUAUUUACAAUUGGAGAAAAAAGGCAUACCUGAGGGACUGCUGGGUACAAGCGAAGUGUCUCUGUGAUCACCGCAUGCAGAUAAUAUAAUUUGCCCAAUGAAUCAUAAGUCAAGAAUCCUGCAUAUUGCACUGCUCUUUGAGUGAAGGAUUCAAGAUCAUCGAAAUCAAACUGGAGCAAUGUAACACUCUCUUCCUUUGCCCUAUCUUCCUCAAAAGUUUUGAGCUCAUUGUAGAGCUUCUCAGCUACAUGGUUAUGUGUCAUUAUCAUGUAUAUGGCCCAUGAGAGAGUUGCUGCAGUUGUGUCUCGCCCAGCUAUCACAAAGUUGAGGACAACAUCUCUCAGACUUUUGUCUGUCAAUUUGCUUUCUGGGUCUUCACCUAACUCAAUGAACCUUGAUAAUAUGUCAUGUUUCACCUGAUUUUUCCAAUCAUAAACGAGUACUUUGGUUAGUGAAGCCAUUUAUUUUCUUAUUA